CCGCCCGGCACCAAGAUGGCGGCGGCCAUGGGCGCCCGCUGGGGGCGGCGUUGCUGGGCGCUGCUGCGGGGCCGCGCGGGCCCCCCCCGAGCCCGAGCCCGCCCCCCCCGCGGCCGCGCGGCGCCGGGCCUGGGCCUGGGCCUGGGCCUCGGCCUGUGCGCGGUGCCCGUGGGCCAGCGCGACCCGGCUGCGCUCAGCAGCGAGGCCCUGGUGCGCCGAGCAGCCUCCGCCGUGACCGACAGCACGGCCACGCUGCUCUCGCAGGCCACCCACGCGCUCAUCGAAGCGCUCACCGACUACACCAAGGCCGUGCACGUGGUGGUGUCCCUCUACCAGCGGUACGCGACCCUGCUGGGGAAGAUGAGUUCCCAGGAGGUGGAUGGGGUGUGGCAGGUGAUCAUAGGAGCCAGAGCCGAGAUGACGACCAAGCAGCAGGAAUGCCUGAAGCUGGAGGGCUUUUGGAUGACUGCCUUGCAGCUUUCAGAGCGGGCAGCGGAGGCUGCGUAUCAAUCAGGUGCAGAUCUAGCUUCUGUGACAGCCUACAACCACAUUCAGCUGGUGAAAACACAUGUGCAAGAGGUACGGCAGCUAUCGCAGAAGGCAGAGACCAAAUUAGCUGAAGUGCAAACAGAGGAGCUCAUUAAAAUGAAGGGAGAGGAAGGAUCGCAACUCUCAGAAAGCAGCAGAGAUGAUGAGCCUUAUCUGAGGGAGGACUGAAAAAAAGCAAGCGUCACCGUGGAGUACUGGAUGGUGUCCUGCGGAUUCGAGCGUCCUGAACUUCUCAUGCUUUAAACUAGAUGUUGGAUAAUGAAGAGGGGGGUUCUCCGUUUUAUAUUUAGCAGUAGUGUUUCCAGUGAUUUUGCUUUAUGAAGCGAGCCAGUUCCAGCUAGCUGAAGUUUCUGUUUUGUAAUUUAUCUUGAUCAUUAUGGGCACAGAUAAUCUAUUUUUAUUUAAGUGUUCCACUGUGCAAAUGUGAAGUUACCCUUAAAGUUAACAUGUUGCUGGGUGCUUGAAUCUGUGAAUGUGAGGGCCUCAUUCAGGUGACUAAGCCUUAGACAGUGGGACUGCCCACUUCAUUGCAGAUUUCAGCGAAAGAUGUAGCUCAAAUGUAAUUACUUCUCACCUGUAAAAUCUCAUCAUUAAAUACCUUCCCUUUCAUUUCCAGAACAGUUACCCAAACAGACACUUUCUCACUUGUUUUGAAUCCUGGUUUUCUAGUUAUUUGGACUCUGACAAAUCGUAGCAGAACUGUUUCCCCUUCAAGCCUCUUAAUAAAAAAAGUCAAGAUA